AUGCGUGUACAGAUUGCGCCGUCCGCGCUCUCGGCGCGACGCUCCGUGGCGAGCUCUAUUCGUGCGCCGGUCGCGGUGACGCGCGCGUCGGUGAAGACGCACGUCGUCGCGAGCGACGAGCGCUUGCGCCUGCACAACCUGAGCCCGCUCGAGGGGGCGAGGCAAAAGAAGAAGCGCGUCGGCCGCGGUUACGGCGCCGGCCAAGGUGGUUCGUGCGGUGAUGGUAUGCGAGGCCAGAACGCGAGGAGCGGUAAGGGCACGCGAACCGGCUUCGAAGGCGGUCAAACGCCGAUGUUCCGACGCUUCCCGAAGCUCAAGGGCAUCGCCGGCGGCAUGGGCGCGGGUCGACCGAAGUUCUUGACGGUCAACAUCGGCGAUCUCGAAGCGGCGGUCGUGGCUAAUAAGAUCGAUGCCAGUGCGGAGAUCUCGAUCGAGACGUUGAAGUCCGCGGGCAUCAUCAAGGCGACCGGCUACUACCGCGACUUGCCGCUCAAGGUGCUCGGCGAGGGUGAGCUCACAAACGGGUUGAAGGUGAAGGCGCACGCGUUCUCCCAGAGCGCGGCCGAGAAGCUCGCCGGCGCUGGGGGUGCGGCCGAAGUCAUCCCGGCCAAGGAGAAGUGGUCUCGCGAGGCUGCUGCCGCGGCGAAGUAA